AUGAACUUGGAUCCUUGGGGCACCGCAUCUCACCGCAUCUCACCUGACCUCUGCACUUUAACGACCCAAGCCCCAAUCGUGUCCGCCUCUCGACCCACUUCACUUGUACCCCUCGCUGCCAACUUCCAGCUUGGGCCAGGCGUGCCAGGUAGCGCGAGCAGUGCGGCUCGCCUGGCGCCUCACCUGGGUGCGCCUCACCUCACCUGGGUGCGCCUCACCUCACCUGGGUGCGCCUCACCUCACCUGGGUGCGCCUCACCUCACCUGGGUGCGCCUCACCUCACCUGGGUGCGCCUCACCUGGGUGCGCCUCACCUCACCUGGGUGCGCCUCACGUGGGUGCGCCUCACCUUGGUGCGCCUCACCUUGGUGCGCCUCACCUCACCUGGGUGUGCCUCACCUGGGUGUGCCUCACCUGGGUGUGCCUCACCUGGGUGCGCCUCACGUGGGUGUGCCUCACCUGGGUGUGCCUCACGUGGGUGUGCCUCACCUGGGUGUGCCUCACCUGGGUGUGCCUCACGUGGGUGUGCCUCACCUGGGUGUGCCUCACGUGGGUGUGUCUCACCUGGGUGUGCCUCACCUGGGUGCGCCUCACCUGGGUGUGCCUCACCUGGGUGUGUCUCACCUGGGUGCGCCUCACGUGGGUGUGCCUCACCUGGGUGUGCCUCGCCUGGGUGUGCCUCACCUGGGUGUGCCUCACCUGGGUGCGCCUCACGUGA